GUGUGCGAAAGAGAGAGACACACACACAGACGAUCCUUUGAAUUUGUAGCAAUGGAGCUCCAAGAUCAUCACCAGCAUGUUCAAUGGUCUGACACAGAAAGCAAUAGUAGCUCCAGAUUGGGUUAUAGUGGCCCUUUGAGUAGCACGAGCACCAAGAUCAGAAGCAAUGCAAGAUUCAAGGAUGACGAAGACGAGGAAUGCUACGUCGAGAUCACGCUAGAUGUCCGUGAUGAUAGCGUCUCGGUUCACAACAUCAAGGGAGCAGGAGACCCUGAGACUGCAUUGCUCGCGAGUUACUUGGGGCCGCGGCCCUCGUCGCUUGGUGCGCAGCUGUCAUUCAAGCUCAGACAAGUCUCACAAGAGCUCAGGCGAAUUACCUCAACAAAAGGGUCUAAUAAGCAGUUGGAUAGGAAUAAAUCUGGUGCCGCAAGGGCAUUGCAAGGCCUACAGUUCAUGACCAAGAACGCCGAGAUCGAUCAAGAUUGGUAUGAGGUCGAAGCAAGGUUCGAUGAAUUGGCAGUCAAUGGGGUUCUUCCAAAAUCACUCUUUGGCCAGUGUAUAGGGAUGAAGGAAUCCAGUGAGUUUGCCAGUGAGCUGUUUGACGCGCUGGCACGACGGAGAGGCAUAACAUCGUCUGUGGUAAGCAAGCCUGAGCUACGGGAAUUCUGGGAACAGAUAGCAGAUCAAAGCUUCGAUGCGAGGUUGCAAACCUUCUUCGAUAUGGUAGACAAAAAUGCAGAUGGUCGGAUCACUGAGGAAGAGGUGAGAGAGAUAAUUGCACUAAGUGCUGCGGCAAAUAAGCUGUCGAAGAUCCAACAAGGAGCAGAAGAAUAUGCAGCCUUGAUCAUGGAAGAGUUGGAUCCUGAUAAUUUUGGUUACAUCGAGCUACACAACCUGGAGACCCUCCUCUUGCAAGCCCCGACCCAAUCGAGCUUGGCCCGCGCCGGGACCGAGAGCCGGAUCCUGAGCCAGAUGCUGAGCCAGAAGCUGGUCCCAACCAGAGAGCAGAACCCCAUCAAGAGAUGCUACAAGCCACUGGCCUACUUCAUUGAGGACAAUUGGAAGAGGAUUUGGGUCUUGGGCCUAUGGAUCUCAAUCUGUGCAGGCCUGUUCACUUGGAAGUUCAUCCAGUACAAGCAGAGAGCUGUGUUUGAUGUGAUGGGCUAUUGUGUGACCACAGCUAAAGGUGGAGCUGAGACCACCAAGUUCAACAUGGCCCUGAUUUUGCUUCCAGUUUGCAGAAACACAAUCACUUGGUUGAGGAGUAGAACAAGGUUGGGUGUGAUCGUUCCCUUCAAUGACAACAUCAAUUUCCACAAGGUGAUAGCUUGGGGCAUUGUGGUCGGAGUCGGUUUACAUGCCGGAGCCCAUCUGACCUGCGACUUUCCUAGGCUCCUCCACGCCACAGAUGCAGAAUACGAACCAAUGAAGCAGUUCUUUGGUGAGAAGCGCCCCAAUAACUACUGGUGGUUUGUGAAAGGGACUGAGGGCUGGACCGGCGUGUGCAUGGUGGUGCUGAUGGCCAUAGCUUACACGUUAGCCCAGCCCUGGUUCCGGCACAACCGGCUGGACCUCCCCAAGGCCCUCAAGAAGCUCACUGGGUUCAAUGCCUUUUGGUACUCGCACCACCUCUUUAUCAUCGUCUACGUGCUCUUUGUGAUACAUGGCUACUUCCUGUAUUUAUUAAAGAAGUGGUACAAGAAAACAACUUGGAUGUAUCUGGCAGUACCAGUCACAUUGUAUGCGUGUGAGCGCUUGCUCCGUGCACUCAGGUCCGGGUACAAGACCGUGCGGAUCUUCAAGGUCGCUGUGUAUCCAGGAAAUGUGAUGGCUCUGUACAUGUCUAAGCCUCAAGGCUUCAGAUACACAAGCGGUCAAUACAUCUUUGUCAACUGUGCAGCUGUUUCUCCAUUCCAAUGGCAUCCGUUUUCAAUCACCUCGGCCCCUGGCGACGAUUACUUAAGCGUUCAUAUACGCACCGUGGGCGACUGGACAUCUCAGCUUAAAGCUGUAUUCUCAAAGGUAUGUCAGCCUCCAUCGGUCGAUCAAAGCGGACUUCUAAGAGCAGAUAUCGCAUCGGGCGGAAACGUACCCAGGAUUCCGAAGCUCUUGAUCGACGGUCCAUAUGGUGCUCCAGCACAAGACUACAAGAAAUACGACGUGCUUCUCCUGGUUGGGCUAGGCAUUGGUGCGACACCACUGAUCAGCAUUGUCAAAGACGUCCUCAACAACAUCAAGCAACAGAAAGAGAUCGAGGAGGGCAUCGUAGAGAGUGGCGCGAAGAGCAACAAGCGAAGCCAGUUCCUGACCCGGCGUGCCUACUUCUAUUGGGUCACCCGCGAGCAGGGCUCGUUCGAGUGGUUCAAAGGCGUGAUGAACGAGGUCGCCGAGAACGAUAGGGACGGCGUGAUUGAGCUCCACAACUACUGCACCAGCGUGUAUGAGGAGGGCGACGCCCGGUCGGCCCUGAUCGCGAUGCUCCAGUCCCUGAACCACGCCAAGAACGGGGUCGACAUCGUGUCGGGCACCCGGGUCCGCACCCACUUCGCGAGGCCGAACUGGCGCAACGUCUUCAAGCACGUCGCGGUCAACCACCCCAACGAAAGAGUUGGAGUGUUUUACUGUGGUUUGCAAGGGGUGGUUGGAGAAAUGAGAAGGUUGGCUCAAGACUUCUCCCACAAGACAACCACCAAGUUCUAUUUCCACAAAGAGAACUUCUAGAUUGUGGGUGCAGAUACUUCACAAAUGUCUCAUAGAUAAUGCGAUAUUCACACUAAUUCUUGUGCAUGCCACUGUAUCAAUUGCAAUCUGCACCUUCCAAAAGGAUCGGUCCAGCACCCACUUUUUUGUAACCUUUCGAUUCUAGUGGUGCAUGUCUAAAUAAAUUUGUGAAAAGAAAGGUUUAUUUUAUGUACAAUUGCUACUAUAUAUAUAA